UGGUACUGAGCGCUGCUGCACCCAAACACGACUUUCUGUCGUAUCACAGUCAGUGGGAUUCACCUCUGUCAUUAAAGUAUCACAGCUUCGGGACCCGGCUGAUUCCAAAGCACAGCUAUGUGCAGCUGUGUGCGGAGCUCCAGGGCUCUGUCCCCUGUCCUGCUCCCCAGGCUGCUACUUCCCCACACGGGGUACAGAUUGGCCGGCAGGGGCUUUUGGACCUCACCCCACUGCAUGACUGUCAGUGGAGACUCCCAGCUGCUCCCAAUGCCCAGCCAGGCACGAGUGGUGAUCUGUGGAGGAGGUAUUGUGGGAACAUCAGUAGCUUACCACCUGGCCAAACUGGGUUGGACUGACAUUGUGCUCCUGGAGCAGGGAAGGCUAGGUGCAGGAACAACCAGACUAUGUGCUGGCAUUGUCAGCGUGGCAAAGCCUAUUUCCAUAGAGUGUCAAAUGGCCAACUACUCCAAUAGUCUUUACCAGCAGCUGGAGGAGGAGACAGGGAUCAAAACAGGCUAUGUGAAGACAGGGUCUUUGUGUCUGGCUCAAAAUCAGGAUCGCUUCAUCUCUCUGAAGCGCCUGGCAUCCCGACUAAAGGUAAUGGGGAUCAGCUGUAACAUCAUUAAACCAAAGGAGGUGGCCAAACUCCACCCUCUUGUUAACAUUCAUGACCUGGUAGGGGCACUCCACCUCCCAGCAGAUGCUGUGGUGUCUCCACCUGAAGUAAACCAUGCCUUGGCUGUGGCUGCUGCUGGACAAGGGGUUCAGAUCCUGGAGCGGACCACUGUUCAGCAGGUUCUGGUGGAGAAGGGCCAUGUGAUGGCAGUGGAGACUGACCGGGGCUCCAUUGAGUGUGAAUAUUUCGUCAACUGUGCUGGACAGUGGGCUUACGAGCUGGGCCAGGCUAGUGAGAUGAAGGUGUCGGUUCCUCUUCAUGGCUGUGAACACUUCUACCUCCUCACAAAACCUCUCCAGGAGCCACUUUCACCCAGCACGCCAGUGGUGAUUGAUAUGGAUGGCAGGAUAUAUGCACGGCCAUGGCAGGGAGGCAUCCUGUCAGGGGGCUUUGAGAAGAAUCCCAAACCCAUCUUCACUGAGGGCCGCAACCAGCUCGAGAUCCAGAACAUGCAGGAGGACUGGGACCACUUUGAGCCAGUGCUCAGUGCUCUGCUGAGAAGAAUGCCUAGUCUAGAGUCAGCUGAGAUCCAUCAGCUGGUCAACUGUCCAGAGUCCUUCACACCGGAUAUGCGCUGUCUGAUGGGGGAGACGCCAGGCGUGUCUGGCUACUACGUGCUGGCGGGGAUGAACUCCUCUGGUCUGACUUUUGCUGGUGGAGCUGGGAAGUACCUGGCAGAGUGGAUGACAUAUGGCUACCCCACUGCCAACGUCUGGCCACUGGACAUCAAGCGCUUUGGUAACCUGCAGAGCAGCCGAACCUUCCUGAGGCACAGAGUAAUGGAAGUGAUGCCUCUGCUGUAUGAACUGAAGGUUCCUCGCUGGGACUUCCAGACUGGGCGUCAGCUAAGGACCAGUCCUCUGUAUGACCGUCUGGACACACAGGGAGCUCGCUGGAUGGAGAAACAUGGCUUUGAAAGGCCAAAAUACUUUGUUCCUCCAGGGAAAGAUCUGCUUUCUCUGGACCAGAGUAAGACCUUCUACAAACCUGACUGGUUUGACAUUGUUGGAUCAGAAGUGAAAUGCUGCAAAGAGGCCGUCUGUGUCAUUGACAUGUCCUCCUUCACCAAGUUUGAACUGACUUCAACAGGAGACCAGGCCCUGGAGGUGCUGCAACAUCUCUGUGCCAACGACCUGGAUGUUCCUGUUGGACACAUUGUCCACACCGGCAUGCUGAAUGAGAGGGGAGGCUAUGAGAACGACUGCAGUGUGGUCCGACUCAGCAAGAACAGCUUUUUCAUCGUCUCUCCGACAGACCAGCAGGUCCACUGUUGGUCCUGGAUAAAGAAACACAUGCCCAAUGACCCACACCUCCACCUAGAGGAUGUCAGCUGGAAGUACACAGCUUUAAAUCUCAUCGGACCCCGUGCAAUGGAUGUUUUGGCAGAGCUCUCCUAUGUUUCCAUGACGCCCGACCACUUCCCCUCCAUGUUCUGUAAGGAGAUGAGUGUGGGCUAUGCCAACGGGAUCCGAGUGAUGAGUAUGACUCAUACUGGGGAACCAGGUUUCAUGCUCUACAUUCCCAUAGAGUACGCCCUCCAUGUGUACAACGAGGUGAUGUCAGUGGGUCAGAAGUACGGUAUUCGUAACGCAGGGUACUACGCACUGCGCAGCCUUCGCAUAGAGAAGUUCUUCGCCUUCUGGGGUCAGGACCUCGAUGCCUUCACCACUCCGCUGGAGUGUGGACGGGAGUUCAGGGUUAAGUUUGACAAGGACACAGAUUUCCUCGGUCGUGAGGCGUUGCUGCAGCAGCGUCAGGACGGUGUGUUUCGGCGGUUCGUCAUGCUGGUUCUAGAGGAUCAUGACACUGAGCUGGACCUGUGGCCGUGGUGGGGGGAGCCCAUCUACCGUAACGGUCAGCUUGCCGGGACGACCACCAGCAGCGCCUACAGCUACACCCUGGAGCGCCACGUCUGCCUUGGCUUUGUAUCUCCGCCUCCAGGCCUAGAGGGGCUCCCCACACCCAUCACCCCAGACUUCAUCAACCGUGGGGACUACGAGGUGGACAUUGCUGGCCAGCGCUACCCAGCCAAAGCCAAACUCUACCCCUUUAGCUCCCUUUUCACCCAACAGAAACGCCGCAAGGAAGACAUGGAGCUCAGCAACCUCCAGGGGAAGUGAUGCAGAGUAAUAGAAAACCCUCCGGCCGCCUCAGUAGGGGCUUCUGUGAUACUCCUUCAGUUCACCAAAUCCACUCCUGCACUUACCGUGCCAACCUGUCCUCCCUUUUCCAGCUCCUAAUCAGAGAGCUGUUUGCACAAUCACUCCUCGUCCCUCUAAUAUUUAACCUCCACGUUGCACCUCCCUCUUUCAAAGUGCAAUAUUUAACAGGCACCAAAUGCUUGAGCUGUAUGAAAUACAGAGCUCCUGUGUCAUUAAAUUCUGCAGUUCUUUCUCAGCCCCGCCCUCCUUUACUCUCAAACACAGUCCUCACAGUCUCAAAGACUGGUUUACUGGGACAGUCGGCAGUUAAGUGCCUUUGUCAAGGCAAUGUCAACACAAGCUGUUGAGAACUUUGUUCACUUUAACCCAUGCAGAAGGGGUUUUGACCGACAGUCUUCUCCAGUCACUGUAACAUUUCACACUGCACAGUCUGAAAGAGUGUGACAGAAAUUCAGAGCUGAUUCUUACGCAGUCAGUGUAGAUACUGACUCUGUUGUCAUUUUUCGAAUUGUAAAUUUGCUGCUGUAAAAAACAUGAGUGAUGUGAUGCGUGUGGCAAUACUUUCUAUAUAUAUAUAUAUAUAUAUAUAUUUCACCUCUGUCAGCCGCACUACAUUAUACUUAAUUCAUAUCUUCACAGUCAGGGGGAAAAGGCCUGGGAAAGCAUUAGGAAGCCUGGCAUUAUAAUUAGUAAACCACUGAUGUAUGUGCAGGCCAUUACUGCCCUUCCAGUCCUGUUGAAAAGGCUUCCCAGACUCUCUGUUUUGUUUUUGUUUUUAUUUGGAAGACAAGAGACACAACAUUGACAGGACAACACGGGGAAAACAGAGCUAUAAAUACAGGACAGGGCAAUUAAUAGUCUGGCUAGGAAACAAGAAAGCAAAGUGACAUUUGCUGAUUUGUUCUUGUGCUGUGUUGGUAUGGGGUGUGUGUGUGUGCCUGUGUCCCAUAUUAUGAAAAAGUUGAUGGGAGAAGGAGAAAGGGAGAAAAGAUGUUGGUGGGUAAAGGGGGAGCAGGAUGACACAAAAAUAAAUAAAUAAAGGACAAAGGGGAGAGAGGGAGGGGGAAAAAUGGCAAUACUGCUGUAUCCUUGACACCUCCUGACAAAAUUUUUCUUAUUUUAUUGAUUGGAUCUGAUGUUGGUCCUGGGUUUUAUCCCUCCCUAAACUGCCCCCAGACCCUGAGGAGGUGGCCUGUUUAUCAGAGAUUGGCAUUCGAGGUUUGUUGUGCUUUUACGUUGACUUUGUUGAGGAGAGGAGCGUGGUGACCCAGCCUUGCCCCCGUCCCCUGCCGCACCCUGCUGGCUCCCCAGGCUCUCCUAAAAGCCCCAAAGCACUUUUUUUUCCUCCAUUGUAAUCAUCCGCUUUCUGCUGUUGUGGCGUUACUUUGUUGCGUGUCAAGCUUGUGGUAAUGUAAUUCCGAUAAUCCGACCUGUUAUUUAUGUUUUGUGGUCGUUUGGAAUUAGCAUCGCUACUGUUUUGUUUUUACGUAUAUGUUGUUGAAUGUGUGGCUUUGAGCGACCCAUAGAUGAGGGAAGCUAGGAUGGGAAAGCUGAGACCGGAGCGGUAAUCCCAGACCUGCUGGAUAGAGUCCACCAUAUCUUAACAUUGGUGAUUUGAGUUUUUCCUGAUCCAGAGUUUAGAGUUUGGUUUGUGUAAAGGAAGGACUUGAUUGCCAUUUGAAAUAAAGCAAUGUAUUUUUGUAUAGCUAGUGUGUAUAAAAUCUCUAUUUUCUGUACUGCACAUUUUUUUUCUUCUAAGUUAAGAGCUACAGAGCUGCAGGCCUGGAGCUGGUAGGGAUUUAGUGUGUUGCUCAUAAACACUCCGUCAGUUAAAAACAGUUCUCAGAUGGUGUUUCAUUAGUGUGUGGGUUUUGUGGUGUCAACAGGCUGUGCAGCAAACUGCCUGUUCACCCGAUGGGAACCUGAAAGCUUAACUGGCUAAAUGAAAGAGCAAAAGUCACUUUGGUCACAUGCACUCUUCCUUUAAAGAGGGAAGAACAUCUCCAGCUGAUUGACUGGCCUAUGAAUACACAUUUCAGCAGUGGGCAACAGCUCAAACAGGCUUCAUGUUUUUUUUGUUUUUUUUUAAAUUGCUGAAGGCCUCAGUUUCUUAUUUUUCCAUUUAUAGUGUAUCUCCAGCAUCUUGUUUAUACCUGUAGUUUAUUUGGUUUAUUUAAGUAUUUGCUCAUUUUAAAUACAAGAUUUAUUUAUUUCCUGUCCUCUCGAUCUCGAGCAGCCGCAGCAGCAGUUUCAUUUAUUUGGGGGCCGUCUGAGGCACUUUCACCUCUGAGCAGAGGAAAUUGCUGUACCUUUCAGUGUGGAUAUUGCAGAAAGCAGCUGCAGUGCUGACAAAACAAGAAUAUAGAAGGCCUCAUUAAAUUUUCAUACUUGUUUUAAUUUGACUUGGGUAUUACAUCUCAGGCUUUUCCACUGCAAAGGACGUCCUGUGUAAGGAUGAAUGCAUAAAAUGCUCAGUGUACGGUUGCCGCUGGUGAGCUCGUGCUCAGAAAUCUCUUUUGCAGCAGACCUUUGAGGGGAGCCAGUCUUAACAGCAGGACAAUGAAAGUGCAGUUCUAUACAUUUUACAACAUGGCUGCUGCUGUGUGAUUCAGAAAGAGAGCAGGAUAAGUUGUUUGUAGAGUGGGUAUCGCUGUUCAACUCAAGAAACCAGCUGCAACAGGGUGUAGAUGUUGCUCACAAAGGGCUACAUUUUCUUCAUGUGUACUUACGUCUGUAAAAUAUGAAAUGAAGUAUUUGCAUAUGAGAGUGCAGUCUUUGUGUCAGUCCAAUCUGGAUUCAGUUUCAGUGCUGUCACUGUGCUGCUUUGGUCCUGACCUCUGUACUGCAGAACCAACAUUUCUGUUAAACCGUGGUUCCCCGUCUUGACUUGAUGUGAUUCACAUCUUUAACUUACAUUAGAGAGGAACUCUGGACUAAUGUUGUAAUUUAUCAUUUCCAGAAACUAUGCUCAGUUCAUAUCAGCGUUGUGUAAACACAGUAAUCCUCCAUAAAUAAGUUUAAUCUAAUUAUAUUAAUCACAGUUCAACCAAAGGAGCUUGUAAUUAAUGAUGUGUCUUUAAGUUUCUGCACUUUCAGCAGAGCUCAGCGGCUCCGUGUCUUUUCUCAUCACAGAAUCAUCAUCACGCUUCAUAUCCAAGAGUCCAGUUCUUUGUUGAGGACACACAUGCUGCAAAAACUGCUGCUGUGCUGCACCGUGCUCAUCACAUGACCUGCCAGUCAUUUCAGUUGUGGUGACUUUUUUUUUUUUUUUUUUUUUUUUACUGCCUACAUGGGUACUUGCACAGUGAAAGGGAGAUGGCCCCAAACAUUUGCACUAAACAUCAGUCUCUCACCCCCAGUUUGUUUUCUUAUGGGGUCACAUGGGGUCUGUAUAUCAAUACAGAUAUAUGGAAUUUGAAAGGUGACUUGGAUUUCUAAGGUUAAAAAAGGUGCAGAGAGCUAAAGUUAUAUUUUAAGUAUAAAAUACUGUAUAUCAUCCAAAAAAAAAAAAAAAUGAAGGUGUAAACGAAGUGGUAAGACUCUGGUGUCUGUUUCAGACACAGAUGGCGGGUUGGGGCGUGUUUUUCUCAUAUUUAAUGUUCCCAUUUUAGCACUUGUCAUUCUGGACUCAUGUGUAAAUGCCAGCUUUCCCCCCCACAGCUUUAACACUGUUGUAUUUAUAUCAUGUUAAACAGAUGUUUGGCUGUCUAAUGUAAAAUAUAAAGAGAACUUUGUUC